AUGUAUAGUCUUCAUUUUUGUGUGUUUGAGCUUGUAAACAUAGAAAAAAUCACCAUGGAAAAUAACUUUGAGAAAUCGACAGUGAAAGCAGGUCAAUCGGAUGCGCACUCAACGCUGUCGCAACCUAAACUUGAGAAGAAGCAAGAAGCACUGGAGAUGUUCUGGAGAGACAAAAAGAGAGAGAUGGAGAAUGUUAACAAUUUCAAGAACAAUCUGCUACUUCCACCUAACCGCAUCAAGACGAUCAUGAAGAUGGAUACGGAUGUCCGAAUGAUCGCUACUGAAACACCUGUUUUGUUGGCUAAGGCAUGUGAGUUGUUCAUUCAAGAACUCACUCUUCUUUCCUGGUUUAAAGCUGAGAAAAAUUGUCGACGUACUUUGAAGAAGGAUGACCUCAUUAAUGUGAUUAUACAGACCGACUCUUUGGAUUUCCUUCUUGAUGAUGAUAUUAAUGCUACUGACGGCUCCACACUAAGCGGUGUGUCGUUCUAUGCUGCUGGAGGCAGCAAUGGGCGUACAUGAUGAUAGAUUUGAUCAUCAAAGGUUCUGAUGUUCGCGGUUAGUGAUACUUUUGAUUAGCGAGUAGCAGUAUUAGUGAGCCCCUCGUCUCCUCGAGGACAAAUACCCUUAUCUUUCUUUUCAGUUAUUAUUUUCAAUUUCAAACAUUUGGAGUUA